AUGAAAUUUAUUUCAAGUUUAUUUGUAGUUUUAUUAUUUGCUAGUGUUGCACUUUCAACAGACUAUCAAUUCGCUACUUGCGUUUUUGGUCCUUUUAACGAAUUUCCAGGUAGUAAAGACCUCAAUGGUGGUAUUCAAAUCUUUAAAAAGGGUGAUGAUGAUAUUCAAUUCCUUUUUGAGUUUGAUGGUGUUAAUGGAGAUGGUAAUUAUGCAGCUCAAAUUUUAACAUAUGGUUUACAUACAUCAACAAGUCCAGAUUUAGGCGAAGUUUACAAUCCAGAUAAGUCCGAAGCUGGUUGUCCAACAACUACUACCUAUCGUCUUGGUGAUCUUGGUGAUAUCGAAUUUGUUAAUGGAAAAAUCUCUAACCCAUUAGUUCAAUACAAAAAACCAUCAAUUUCUGAUGAUAUUAAUUCAAUUAUUGGUAGAUCUAUUGCUAUUUACUCUGGUUCAUAUGACUGUAAUGAUGCAGCUAAAUCAGUUGGCCAAAUCAUUAACUAUUGCACUGUUGGUGUUGGUAAUCUUACUUUUGUUAGUGAUGAGUUUAAUACUGAUGUUGAUCCAAAAGUUGAUACUAAUUCUGCUAGAUCAUACAGCAAACUUGACGAAUUAGAACCAAAUGGUGUAGUCUAUGGUCUUGCUAAAGUUUUCAAUACUUCAAUUAUUCAAGAUGAAGUCGAAGGUAAGGUUUUCUUCAAAACUCUUAACUCUAGUUUUAUUCAAGUUUCAUCCCAAAUCGUUGGUUUAUCUUAUCAAGCUCAUGGUUUCCACAUUCAUGAAUUUGGUGAAAGAUCAGAUCUUACCGGUUAUGCUGUUGGUGGUCAUUGGAGAUCAGAAGGACAAGUCCAUGCUUUACCAGAAAACGAAACAAGACACAAUGGUGAUAUGGGUAACUUCUGUGCUUUUAGUGAUGAUAUGAACCUUGGUUAUUAUAAAAUUGUCACCGAUUAUAUCAGAGUUUCAGAUUUAAUUGGUAGAGGUAUGGCUGUACACAAUAGUACCGAUAUGGGUAACGCCAAUGUUGGUGGUCCACGUUGUGCACAAGGUGUCAUUGCCCUUAUUAAUCCAAAAGGUGGUGAUGCUGUUCAACUUCCAUCUGAAGAUUGGGUCUAUGACGUUAUUUGUCCACAUGGUGCCUACAAAGGUGGUGCUUCAAGCUAUUCAGGUUCAGAUGUUCCAACCGAUAGUUCAUCCAACGAACCAUCAUCUGCUUCAACCAUUUCUUCAAUCAUUGGUUUAGUUAUUGCUUCAAUUAUUUCAACUAUCAUUUUCUUUUAA